CCGCCAUCCCUAGCACCUGAUUCCCACGAGCUCCGGGUGAUACAAGUGUCCAACGCAGGAACGGAACUGAUGCGACAAAGCAGACAAUAACAAGCUAAACUGAGGUCUUUGGAAUGUUUCGAACUCUGGUCUUGACUCCAGUGAAUUAUUUUUAGGCAAGUACACAAGAACGCUAUAAGUUUAUCUGGUUUCUCAAAAAUUAUGCCGCAUAUAUCCAGUGUGGUGAAUGCUUAAGGUAUAGUAUCAUAGAUGAGACCCGCUGCAAAGUACCAUACCUCCAACCCAGCGAGGCCUAACUUUACUGGUAUCUUGGCAGGUUCCUAGGAGGAAAUUCUUGAUAUAGUCUACCUUUACUUAUCAUAUGAUACCGCCCAGCAAAAACAACAGAACCCCCACACAGGCAUCUUCCGCCAAGCUCGAAUGCCCUAAAGAGCCUCCUUCUCCGGGGGGGGGGUUUCUUCUUUCACCCGGCUAGAUUUGUUGCAAUGCUAGAGGGGGACUACCGUUUACGACAACACCUUAAAAACUCCCAUACGUUUUGCCAUAAGCCAAGUGACAAAUCAUGAUUAUUAGCCCCGUGGCGUCACUUUUAGCCCCUUUCGCUAAUGUACAAGUUACAGGCAAGUAGAACUUGAACAUUUGUGUCUGAAUUUAGUAUGGGCGCUCAGAUACGCGCAGACAUUUUGCCGUACAAAUUUUUAAUCCCUGUGUUCAGGUUCUUCUUGUCGGUAACCUGUAGAAAACGGUCCGACGGGGGCGGGAUAACCUUAACUUAAGGUUUGUCUUACCCUCGAUGCCCAGACUUCCGCACCUUACCGUACUAUAUCAUACGGCACCAUGUCCGACAACGACGGCAACGAUAAUCGCCAACGACAGGCGGACGAAUUGGUGCUCAUAUCGAGCAUGUUCCCUUCCGAAUUCCAUUGGGAGAGCGAGCCGGAUGCGGAGCUGGUAGGAUUCCGGAGGGCGUAGCUGUAAGGAGAGAGAGAGAGGGCUAACGUGAGUGCAGCCAGAAAAAGAUCCACAAUUCUAUAUCGAAAUUCCUGGCGGUACGAUUGGUCUAUGAAGCUAUUAUAAAGUGUCAUUCGUGUUAUCAUGCUAAUAUACAAACUCCACGAGAAAGCCUCCUGUGCCCUUCAUUUCUCGCUCCCAGAAACGUACCCGUCCACCUCCCCACCAGAAGUAUUCCUCCGAUGCGGCGAGAAAAUACCCAACGCUGUGAGGAGCCAGUUAAGGCGGAAAGUGAAUGAGGCGGUCAACUCCCUUCCGCAAGGUACCCUGCUCCAACCCUCCUAGUAGGUCAUGGUACCGUCAUACCCGAGCCAACACGUUUCCUUCUAGGGCAGGAAUGCAUUGACAUGCUCCUAACAGGGGUCAUGGAUAUCUUCACCUCCCCUCCUAAAGGAGAGAACAUUGUCACAGAAGAUGCCAUCCAGGACAUAAACGACACUCCAGUAAUUGUCCACGCUCUACUGUGGUUCCACCACCUACUCUCCACACAGAAGCGGAAGAAUAUUGUGACCUGGGCCAGGCCAUUACGAUUAUCGGGAUACUCAAGACCCGGAUACCCCGGAGCGCUAUUUAUCGAGGGGGAGAAGGAAAGUGUGGAAGAGUACACUUCUCAGCUCAAGGUUCCUCUCCCGCCAGCUUGGCUAAUCCUAAAGUUAUCAGGCUAACCACCGAUACCGAGCCGAAGAGAUUAAAAUGGCAAGCAAUACAAGUCCGAGAUGAGUACCCCGUCCCCUCUGGACAGCGAGUGUUGCCGCUCGAGGCCGGAGUAGAGGAGGUGGAAGGGCUCGGCGAUAUUGCGGAGAGGUUGAAAAUGGUUGGAGGAAGCGGGCUGGAGGCGUGGUUUUUGGCGGGUAUGAAGAUUAAAUGAAAUAUUUUGAUGGGGGCGGUAUGAU